GGCCGGCGUCGAACCCCGGACUUUACCAUUUCAGACGACCUUGGUCGCGGUGGAAGACCAAUUCACGCCUGAAUGGCUUCGCGCGGCCAGCAUCACACACGACUGGAGGGACGUGCGACAACUAUGCCUCGUACUAUUUCUGCCACACCUAUCUAAUACCUUCCCAGCGGCGGACGGCACGUACCGCGACUGUCUUCGCGAGUUCAGCACGCAGCUCAGGCAGCUCGUCGAGCUCAACGUAAGCUCGUUUCAUUUCGGACCCGCUAUCGACGUCACCGCAUUCUUUCAGGGUGGCUGGAUGCCGUUCCUGCAGUCGCUCUCGGCGGCCCCUUGCGGUUUUCGCAGCGUCUUGACUCUGCAAUGUCUGGCGACGUACUGUCCCGACUUCAAGGAACUGGACGUUCGCUGUGAGAGUAGAGGCAGCUUUUACCGGUGCGCUGGAUGCGAGUCUGAACACCUUUACGUUAAGGGAUUUCACAGCUUCGCCAGUCCCGCCUUUCGGAACGGUCUUGCCAGGUUGACACUGAGCCGAGUGCACGACGCUGCGUGCCUGUCGUUCCUCGAGUGCUGCAGACCAGUUGCUACACUGCGGUUGUCCUACUGCCCUUUGGAGCUGGACUACGAGCGUAUGUCUCGCGCGCUCGCCCACAGCAGUGAUCCUAUCUGCCUUAUUUUACAGCACCAUCUCCUACGGUUGGACGACACGGAUCUGCUGGAAAACCUGCACCGCUUCACCGACCUCCAGUACUUGUACCUCCUGUUGCACACGCGUCUGGACGAACGAGAGUUACCCAGUUCUAUGACUUGCAUCUUGCGGAGCCUACCACAGCUGAAGUGCUUCCACGUCCACUACGUAUGCGACGCCAAUCCCGAAGUCCUUAGGACGGCAACCUGGAUGCGUGGACCAGGCGGGGCAAUGAGCGACGAACUGGUACGCGGUGGUCGCUGCUUCCAAAGUUGCUCAACGGCUACCUUCAUAGGACUCGCAAAGCCACUGAACCGCGACUUCCAGCCGAUGCUGUAGUUAAAGGCUGGCAAACUUUUAUGAAUGACAAGCACAAUUUGCUGAAGAUAAGAAGUUGCGCCUUACCUUGCUUUAGUUGGUACAUGUGCACUAAUAAACACGGUACACUGUGUGCUUAUUG